AUGCUAUUUAUGCUCUCGAGGCAGCUCAGGUUGUUGCCGGGACACAUCCAAAGGCCUGUCGCUCCGCCCAUAUCCACCAGUGUUAUUAGUGCUGCCCGUCGCCGCAGACUCGUCAGUGGGCCUAAAUCCUUUUCGUCAGCGAGUUCACAGAUAGCCUACUCCCCCGAUCCAUCUGUCAAGCCGGAGACUGAGGAUUGCAACAUCGCGACCAACCGAGAAACCCCCAAUAUACCCAACCGCCGGUCAAACGAAGACUCCCGUAACCCGCUCACAAAUUACUUUCCGCAGCCUCGGGGGACGCAGAUAUGUCUUACAAACACGGAUCAGAGUAUACCUACCAGGGAGCCUGAUCAUUUGGAAUUUUCCGAGCAUUCGCAGACUUGGAAGUUGCAGCCAUGGCAAUUAGACCUGGAGUCAGACCUCGGACAUAAUGAGAAUAUAGGGAGCAAAUUGGUUGACAAUCCCCACUAUUCACAGAAUUUUACUCUUUGGAGGGAACUUGUCUUGUACCGCCAACGACAUUAUGGAGAUACUGGAGUGAUUGAGAUAUGGAAAGGGUUGACUGAGCGAUGCUCUGGGAUUAGACUCCCUACCGAGGGGGAAGAUGCUGAUUUUCUAUGGGAGACUUUCGUCUCCAUAGGGCUAAAGCACGAAUGGAUGCUAAAAGAGCUCCAAUCUCACGCAGAAUUUAUUUGGAAAGAGAAAGGGUUGAGAUGGAAAUACUUUUAUGAGCGUGUUAUAGGUACCUUUGUGAAAGCAGGAAAUCAGUCGAAGGCUCUACUGUGGCAUCAAGCGCUAAAACACACCCACUUGGAUAACCCGGAAGGUAUCCUAUGUGUUUUCAAAACUGCAAUGUCCACCGGAGAGGGCCUGGAUACCUUCCGUCGUCUAUGCCAACUGUCCGAGGGCCAUAGAAUAUACUCAUUUGUGGUGCCGAUUCUUUGCAAACAUAAGAGCGUUGAAUUGGCUCUUGCCAUGCAUCAUUUUUUAAUGCGACGUGGGGAUUUUCCGUCAUCCAUUGAUGAUGUUCUGCCACUAAUCCAACAUGUGCAAAAAUACAGCAAUCCGCAGCAACAGUCUCAAUUUCUUACUGGGCUUGUCAAAUCCGGCACUCUGCCUGUUGGUACUUCGAUUGACAGCUUCUCAUCCCAUUCCUCACAGAUUUGCUCAGCCACCUCUAAUACAACUGGCACACAAUCCUCGAUGGUAAAAGACGAUCUCGGAGCUCGACUCUUUGCUACAAAAACCUUCACAUUCGACUUGAUCCUUGGGGGUCUCAAAAUGUUUGGUGUUGGAGCCAUUGGCCCUUUAACGCUCCAGCAAAUGGCACUAAAGGCUGUGGAUAUUGCUGAGCUGCAAUAUCAAAUUUCUCAGCUGAAAGAGAUAGGCAUAUCUACUGGAAAUUCAGUGUUUGCCAAAGCUGUUGAUUAUUUCAUUGCCCGGAAAGAUCACCAAGCUCUCUACGAUCUAAUCCAUAGUGAUCAACAUCCAGAUGCCUUAGAGUCUCUAGAAACACAAGAAUCUCUCUUCCACCACUUUUCCAUGUCGCACGACUGGCGCCAGGCGAAUUUGACUCUCACAAUACUCUCCUUUUUGUCUCCCGAAGAUCCUCAUUGCUACAAUAUACAACUUCGGAAUGCACUAAAACUCGACGAUAGGAGGCUUAUCUCUGAGAUACUCGAAAAAAUGAAAGCUGACCGCAUUUCACCGUCCAGAAAAACCAUAAAAUGGAUGAUUUGGAAUAUACUUCCAUCUCGCCGUAUGGGAACACGCCCCAUCCUGGACAGACCUGCAAGGGAUGCCGUCUUACGCCUGUUUGGAAUUUUCCAAUAUGUUAUAAAGUAUGGCGGCUACAUUCCUCCUGAAUCAUGGGAAGCUGGCCUCAAGCAACUCAUUAUUAGCAACCGGUGGUCCGAACUUGAAAGACUAUGUCUUUGGCUUGCCGAAACUUAUUCACCUCAUAAUCACACCCAAAACUCACAAAUACCUAACAUCCGCCUACCUCCCACCCACCCACAGUCCCCAUUACGCAUCAUCUUCAGUGUGGAUUUUCAGCAAGCAAUUAUCAACUGUGGCUUCUUACGCAAGCCAAAAUUUAACUUCUCUGGUUCUUCGACUCUGAAUCCAUUCGGACCAACACCUGAUUCUGUCGCCCUGUGGGUCUGCGGGCUGAUCCUGCUGAGGCGGCUGAAGGAGAAAGGUGUCUAUAUUAACACCAAUACUGUCCGGCGAGUGUGUCGUACACGAUUUGCCAUACUCUUUGGUGACGGGCCUCCAUCAAAGAGAAAGAGCAAUCUAUUGCUCAGGAAGGUAAAUCCAUGGACCCUGGACCAGCUAAUAGCAGACGCAAAUAAGGUCUGGGGGUCAUCGCUUUUCUCGGACUUCACGCCAAACAUCCAUAAGCUUGUUAACCCUCGCCGCCGGCCCAUUACUUCUCAGGACCAUCGCAUGCAGGGAGAGAGCAAGCGCUGA